CGCACCGCCCCUUCUCAGUCACUCCCAAGAUGGCGGACCUACUGGGCUCCAUCCUGAGCUCCAUGGAGAAGCCACCCAGCCUCGGAGACCAGGAGACUCGGCGCAAGGCCAGAGAGCAGGCUGCCCGCCUGAAGAAACUGCAGGAGCAAGACAAACAGCAGAAACUGGAGUUCCGCAGAAGGAUGGAGAAGGAGGUAUCAGAUUUCAUCCAGGACAGUGGGCAGAUCAAGAAGAAGUUUCAGCCAAUGAACAAGAUAGAGAGGAGCAUACUACACGACGUGGUGGAAGUGGCCGGCCUGACCUCCUUCUCCUUUGGGGAGGAUGAUGACUGUCGCUAUGUCAUGAUCUUCAAAAAGGAGUUUGCACCCUCGGAUGAAGAGCUGGACUCCUACCGCCGCGGGGAGGAAUGGGAUCCCCAGAAAGCUGAGGAGAAGCGGAGGCUGAAGGAGCUGGCCCAGCGGGAGGAGGAGGAGGCAGCUCAGCGGGGACCCGUGGUGGUGAACCCUGCCAGUGACUACAAGGACAAGUACAGCCACCUCAUUGGCAAGGGAGCAGCCAAGGAUGCAGCGCACAUGCUACAGGCCAACAAGACCUACGGCUGUGUGCCCGUGGCCAACAAGAGGGACACGCGCUCCAUCGAAGAGGCCAUGAAUGAGAUCCGAGCCAAGAAGCGCCUGCGGCAGAGCGGGGAAGAGUUGCCACCCACCUCCUAGGCACCCCACCCGGCUCCCUUUGACCCCCCAGGGAGGACGGGGGACAGGGAAGGACAAGGCUGCUGCUAUUAGAAUCCAUCCUAGAGCCCCAUCUCUGAACCACCCCCUACCAGCUGCCGCUCGGACUUGGGGGAGCAGGUGUUUAAUCUGUCACUGUUGGAGUGUGCACGUCUGUGGUGUGUGUGUGUGUGUGUGUGUGUGAGUGAGUGAGUGAAUGCACAGGUGGGUAUUUAAUCUGUAUUAUUCUCUGUUCUCCCUAGAAUUUUCUACCCCAUGGGGCUGGGGUUACUUUACAUUCAAUAAACACUGUUUGACCCAA